UGCUUAUUUUUGACCUUCCCCCUCUGGAGUACACCGUUGACAUUGGAGUAAGCCUUAUGGAUUCAUCUUUUUUGGAGCCAAUUAAAGAGUAUUUAAAAAACCUUACUCUUCUAGUUUCAACAAAUAUUUCAAAUGUAGAAAUGACAGUUUCGAAUAUCAACAUUACAACAGUCUGUCUGCCCAGUGGUGAGAACAAUAGCUGCUGUUCUUGUGAAAAUGGAUAUGCCUGGCCAAGCGCGGUGUGCAGUGACUUGAUAACCUGCCCUUCCAUCAGCUUAGCACCUGACCUGCCCUGUGGCUACAUGAAGGAAAUGCCUUUCUACGGGCCUUACUGCGAGCCUCAGACCGAAGACUCAUGUGGUAUGGGAGACCCCAUUGUAAUGAAUAUGUCAGUCAAACUUGACACAGACUUUUGGGAUGAUCUCAGGGAUCCUUCUUCUGAACUAUACAAAAAAUACAAAGCUGACCUUGAAAAAGCGUUUAAUGCUAGCUACAGAUGUUUACCAGGCUUUGUAUCGGCAACAGUAACUGGUUUCAGGCCUGGAAGUGUUUUUGUCAACUACGAAGUAAAAGCAGGAGCAGCAAGCUUCGAUCAGAUAGCAAAUGCCAACAAAAUUGUACCACAAUAUCUAGAUGCAUGGUACCAGCUAAACCAAGCUACCUUCAUAACAGAGAUGACUAAUCAGACAAGCUUCACUGUGAAUCCUGUAGACAUUUUUGAAGGGGAUACAGUAAAACUGAUUUGUGAGAUAAAUUCAACAUCUGAGAAUGUGACCUGGUAUCACUUCGAUCAGAUCAUCUCAACCAGCUUCCGGUAUUCGAUGAAGAAAUAUGUUUCAAGGAGAACCUCAAGGUCAAUUCUUAAAAUUGUCAACAUUACAAUGAAGGAUUCUGGUUCCUAUAGGUGCACUUUCACAAACAGCAAUCGGUUUUACACACUGAUAUACAAGGCCACAAAAAUAAUAGCAGUCUCUCUGCUAAACAUCACUGCAAACUUAAACGACAUCAGUGUUACAUGCAACAGUCCUGAAAUGCAGACAAACAGUCCUCUGCUGUCCUGUUGUAUUGAUGGACACUUACCAUCACUUAUUCCAGACUGGAAAGUAAAUGGAGCAAUCAAUAUUACAGGAGUCUCUAGUUUCAGUGAAAACUGCACUGAAUACAGGCUCAACGUUGAUGAAUCACUAUGCCCACCGGAGAAGUCAGGUACAGUGACAAUAUAUACAUGUGAGCUGCAGACUGGACACGGUGCCAAGUAUAGUCGGAACAUCACAGUGACGUACCUCCGGAUAGCCCAUGUAACAAUAUCUUCAAGCAUAAACUCAUCAGUUUCCGAGGGAUAUGCAUUCAAUCUAACGUGUGAAAGUGAUGUGAGCAAUUAUGACAGUAUCAGUUGGAAAAUCCAGUCUGGAAACAACACAAAAACAGUAGACUGUGAUACAUGCAUCAAAAAUAGCAAAUUUCCAGCCACAUCUAUGCUCACAGUGCAGACUGCCACACAAGACUGGAACGGCACCUACAUCUGCACAUUCUCCCAGAAGUACUUGGAGAGUUCUGCCAAUGUGACAAUCGAGGUUAUUUCCUUGCCUCUAAAGCAGAACAUCCUGAUAGACCCCAUUGCAGCUUCUAUACAGUGCAAAGUGCAACAAGCCCUCCAGUGCUGCAUAAGUGCUAACACCGUGGAAGAUUACAGUGUCACAUUUAUGGUUCAACAAAAUGAAUUUCAAGUUGGGAAAAAGAAAAAAGGAAAUUUAUUUUGCUACAUGUACAAUUACACAGAAACAGAAUGCAGCAAAGAGAAAGAGCUCACAGCAUACUGCAAGUUUAUUAACCGCAUUGGACAGGAAGUCAACAGUGAAAGUAUACGACUGCACCUGAUACCUGAUAAGGAAGUUUCCUGCUCAGAUAGCUUUGGCAUUGGAAUUGAAGGGGCCACAUUAAUAAAGCCAUGCUGUGAUUUAAAUAAUCCAGACGGUUUUACCCAAGGCAAUCAAAUUUACAAGUGCUCCAACAAAUCAUGGAAGCUUGAAAGGAAUGACUGCCUAUCUGUACCAAUAAACAACCUGCUGACUAGAGCCGAG